UGGUGGAGCUGCUGUAGUUGUUGCUGGAAAAAUGGAAAAAAGCCAGAAGAAAGGCCACUGACAGACACGACAUGAUUCACACAGAAGAUAUUUUACUGUCACUAAGUUCUGUAGCUGAAAAUUCUGGCGAGGAACCAGCAAAAGUUACCACAGAAGUUGAAGAUGAAAUACCUAGAGAAGAGAAACAAAACAACUUCAUGAAGACACUGCGAUCCAUGUGGCAAGUUCUUUUGGCUGGGAUUUUGAUAGCACUCUUCCUUGGUAGUAUUGUGGGCAUCCUUACUGCACAGAUAACCCAAGAGCAAUGUCUGAGAGCGGAGAGACAGCACAUGGCAAGUAACACCAAGCAGCUGCAAAUGAAAAUCAGUGAGCUGCAGCAACUUCUGAACUCCACUCGUCAAAACUUCACCCUUCUCGGAAGUGAGUAUGACCAACUGAAGCUGCUUGUAAAUGCAACACAGCACAACCUCACCUUGUUGUCUGCUGAAAACGCACAGCUGAGCCUGCUCUUGCAAGAAAAAAUUCGGUUGCAAGUGGAGAACACAGAGCUGAACAUGAUUCUGAAUUCAACCCUGGAUAACUGUGAGCUUCUGGAGGAGGAAAACAGACAACUGGACCUGCUUCUGAAUGAAUCUUUGGACAUCAUCAACACGGUGUCUGCAGAAAGCAAACAGCUGCGCCUGCUUUUACACGAUGAACAACAAACCUCCAAUCAGCUGGAAGCAAAGAAUCAACACCAGCAUUCAAUCCUGUUCUCAGACAAACUGUCCUUCCUCUGGAGACUCUGCGACAAGGACACGCUGCAGUGUUCCCGCUGCCUGCCUGGCUGGGUCGAGCACGCUUCACGUUGCUUCUUCAUGUCCCAGACAGCAGAGAAGUGGCAAAAAGCUCGCAGGAUAUGUAUGGACAUGGGAGGUGACCUGGCUGUGGUUUUAAACGCAGAAGACCAGGAAUUCUUAACCAACAUGACUUUUGAGUUUGUACAGCAGCACCCUCAGAUACACUUCCUCUCAGCGUGGAUUGGGUUGCAGGACAUGGUGAAGGAGGGCGUCUAUAUCUGGGUCAAUGGCAAGACAGUCCGUAAAGAUGUCAAGUACUGGCAGCCCCUGGAGCCGAACAACGCCAUACCCUUCUGGGACAAAGACAGGGCAGGGCAGGACUGUGUUGCUAUUGUCCCACCAUCACAUGUUGGACAGGAGAACUGGCUGAACUCCUGGGAUGACAUUAUUUGUGGUGGCAAGCGGCACUACCUGUGUGAGAGCACAGCUCUCAUUUUGUCAGGACUGACCUAGCUGCAUGUCUUUGGUUAAGAUAUGGAAGACAAGUAACAUCUUACUGUUGCAGAGUAUAGAAUAUUUCUUUUACAUGCUAAAUUUCUCUCAUCUUCAUUAGUUUUUUUCCCUUAUCGCUAUGUGUCCCAAUUUCCUAUGCACGACUUUUAAAGAAUAACUUUUAAUCCCACUUAUGUUUUGCAUGAAUAAUGAAUUCAAAUGCUCUUUAUUACCAGAAUCUGUAGCAACAGAUUUGAAGUUUAGUUUCAGAUAAACUGGUAAACAUGUAAAUAGUAAUGUGUGUUGUUUAUAAUUCUUCAGUUCUUUC